AUGGGAAAGAGGGGGUUUGUGUUUCUUUAUCACCCACCCCUCCUCCUCCCCCCUCUCCUCCCCCCAGUCCGCCAGCUGAUCAAAUCCCAGCGGGUGCAAAAUAAACUGGGCAUCGUCUUUGAGAAAGAGAAGGACAAGACGCAGCGGAAGGACUUCGUCUUCGUCAGCGCCAGGAAACGAGAGGCCUUCUGCCAACUGCUGCAGCUGAUGAAGAACCGGCACUCCAGCCAGGACGAGCCAGACAUGAUCUCGGUCUUCAUUGGCACCUGGAACAUGGGUAGCGUCCCGCCGUCCAAGAGCCUCUCCUCCUGGUUUGCCUCGAAGGGGCUGGGCAAGACCCUGGACGAGAUGACCGUCUCCAUCCCGCACGACAUCUACGUCUUCGGCACCCAAGAGAACUCCCAGGGGGACAAGGAGUGGGUGGACGCCACGCGCAGCGCCCUCAAGGACUUCACGGAGAUCGAGUACCGGCUGAUCGCCAUGCAGUCCCUCUGGAACAUCAAAAUAGCCGUCCUGGUGAAGCCGGAGCACGAGAAUCGGAUCAGCCACGUUGGCACCUCCAGCGUCAAAACUGGCAUCGCCAACACUCUGG